AUGUUUCCCGGAUAUCCUUCCUAUGUCUCCAUUCCUGCUGCAAGAACAAAUCUUCUGAGCAAUGCGCUAUCCACUCUUGGUUCCUCCCUAGAUCUAAGUUCACCCGCCUUCUCUAACCAUACUCCAUUGUCAUCAGUUGUUUCACCUCUCAUGCUAAAUCCUGCAUGUAUCCAGCAAAUGCAAUCUUUGCAGGGACUGCAUAUCCCUGGCCUUGCCUCUUCGGCAGUCCUAUCUAUGCUAAAUAAUUCUUCACCUAAUAUUACUAGCGAACAAGGCAUUCACCUGGAAAACGGAUUGUUUCUUCCUAAUGACAGAAUUAGCUCAAUUUUGAAUUGCUUUGGAUAUGCCGAUCUAAAUAGUUCUAUGCUAACAGCUGAACCAUCUGCCCCUAUAGCGCCUGCAAAUAUCGACACACUAAAUGCAGGUAACUUAAACAAUUCCGGACUAGUCAAAGAAUGCGAUUCUCACACUAUUAUACGGGCUCCCGUUCUAUACAAAACGUCGGUAAGCCAACCCAGUUAA